AUGACUCAGUCCUUCACCCUCAAUAAACUUGGCCUCCUGUUCAUGUUUGUACAACAGUUUUUAGACACCUGUUCACUGAGGUUACUGGUUGAUAAGCGCAACACCGGAGAGGUUGUGGACCUAGUGGCACUUGUGGGUCCAGUGUCACUGGCGGGCAACUUCCAGUGGUUGAAGGACCACCUGGAGCCAUAUCCAGUAGAAGGCAUGCAUAAAGCAUACCAGCCACUCAAACCUGCUGCUAAUAAAUAUCUGCAGAACAAAUGGGACCAGGAGCACUAUGAUGAGCAUCGAAAGAAGGUGAGGGAAGCCAAACCCAUAGUAGACACCAAAGGGAUCCGAACGCCAACCCACAUUCAAGUAAAGCUAAAGAAAGCACAGGUUCAAGAGGAACGGCAAGCCAUCAUCGACAGAGAUAACCAACUGCUAGCAUCUAAACUAGCUGAUAUUCAGCAUUCUAAAGGGCGCAUAGACCACAGGAACUUCUAUCCAGUGCGUAGUCUGAACUCUGAGAGGAGGAGGGCCGAGCUACUGCAGGUGACUCAUGAGAAUCAGACCAUCUAUGAGCGGAUUACAGCACAGGAAUCUGAAUACAGACGGGAACUGUGGGAGGAGAACUGGGCAAAGACCGAGCAAAGGCGAGAUGGUAUUACGUGCUAUCCACGGGGAGUGGCUGAUAAGCAGAAGGUGAAGAAAAGUGUCAAGUUUUUGGGAGGAGCACCAGGCCGGACGCUGAGCUCAUCCAGUAGAACAGAAGAUGGCGAAAGCACAGACGAAGAUCUCCAACAUCAGUGAUGACUCAUUCUUCCAGUGUCCUACCACCACUAACUAGACAAUGACAUGGUACCCUUCAGAACAUUAAGACCAUGAAUGUAUAUACAGGAUUAAAAGGAACAUCUGGAUUUCUAUAGGAAGACAUUCUCACUAUUCCACUAUGCUCCUAAAUCUUGAUGGCUUUCAUAUCUAGUGUUUGGUGGCCAGUGGGUGGCAGCAUAAUACUUUAGAAUAACGUUAUUCAUUCAUCUGCAGUAAACACUUUAUACUUUAUUUCUAGUGAAUUGAACAACUUCGGGCUUUCAAGAGUCUGUUAAUUAAAAUGACUUGGAAGGCAGGUAGAAUUUCUCAGAAUUUCAACUGUUACAUAUAAGUGAGUCCUUUUUUUACUACAAAUUCACAACAGGUUCUCAUCCUAGACCUGCUCGCUACGAUGU